CACAGGCCAGUGAUGUGGGGGUGUGCACGUGCGACCGUUAGGCCGGUGGGAGGACACAGACCCACACAGUCGAGUCGACGAUCGCCGAGGUGCAGCGGAAGUGAAGUGACAUUAGCGAACAUGAGGAGCAUCCAUCUGGUCCUGACGAUGGUGGCGCUGGGCUGCACGACUGGACCCUCCAGUGCUGAGCCUGACUACUGUAAGCGCGGCAUGUGGCUGUCAGACGCCUACCGCCAUUGCUUCGAGCAGCAGCGCAUCAACCUGCCGUACCUGCCGCUGCAGCAGCUCACACCUGUCGUGGACGGCUGCAUGGUGGAGGACUACGCUCGCCACGUCUGCCAGGUGGUGAAGCCGGCGGCACUGUCGUGUUUUGAAGGCGAGGUCAGAAGCUGUGACCACAAGGACAGGCUGCUGGCCAUCGCUGACCAGUCGGGAGGCGCCUGCUCCGGUAACCAAGUCAACAAGGAGUUCAAGGAGCACAUCCUCAACUUCCUGCAGCCCGUGAGGACGGACUCGCGCUGCUUCUCGUUGCUGGGGGAGGAUGCCUACCAGUGCUGGGUGGAGGAGACGAUGACCAUGAUGGAGGAGAACCCCAACCUGGAGACCAUGUCGGUCGAUGAAUUCAUCGUCGCCAACAACCAGUUUUUCGAUCGUCUGCUGACCUGCUUCGUCGACGUGUUCCGCAGCAACGUGGCGGCCUGCGAGAACUGGCAGAUCCCUCUCCUCAUGGAGCUGCAGGGCACCGGCAUCCCCUCGCUCUUCGGCAUGACCUUUACCCCUGAGCAGAUGGACCGACUGGAGCUGGUCCAAGAGUGCCCUACUCACCAUGGGGGACAGCCCUAUCGCAGACACUGUAACAACCAGCCGACAUCCACUCCAUCCGAUGACAAGGGAGAAGAUGAAGGUCAGGUACAACAACAGCAGCAGCUUGACUUCACUUUACCUCCCUUCCUUAAACCAAAGGCAUGACACCAUCCUGACACCGCCAACAGGGUGAUGGUGUCUGUUGACGUCGGUGCUAGACGUCUGUGAUAAUCGGUGAUGAGUUGAUCACAAAGAAACUGAUAAUCGAUGUUUUUAAAAUGAUGUUUACAAAAUAAUGCUUUUCCUGGACAACGAUAAAUUUGAAAUUACUUCAUUAUAGCUGCAGUCAGCACUGAAAAAUGAUGAUGUUAACAUAUUACCGAAAUUUCGUCCGUAGAGGGAUACAUGCAGUUCGCCAUUCCAAGAUUUCGUGGGCACCCGUUGGGGUUUGUUUUUGUUUUGUUUUGUUUUGUUUUGUUUUGUUUUGUUUUAGCACCGAUCACAGAGUUGUUUGGUAUUGGAGAGCGCCGGCAGCUAACCUGUACACGACAGACGCACCUGUCAAUAAUCUUUUCUACAUGUAUUAUACAGUGGCAUAGGAAGAUGUUCGGCGUUGGGGGGGCAAACUCCCUGCUGACAGUGAACGACGUUCGCACUCGCACAUUUCGUAAAAAAGGAUGGAUGGGGGGGGGGGUACUGCACGCACGCAC